AUGAGCGAACAAGACGCGGUCGAAUGCAAACUAGACACAUCGACAGAGCCAGGAGAGAUGCAAACCGUUGUGUCCAAUUACACGCCGAAUUUGAUAAGACAGGCAGACAGAUUGAUCGACGUUCACGGCUACAGCGACGCUUCAUACACUGAGUACCAGUAUGGGGAGGAGGACAGGCUCAGUCCUGAUGUUCAAGAUGAGAAGAUAAAUGUAGAUGAUGAGGAUCGAGAUGAGGAAUUAGUUAUAGCUGAUGAUGAUGUGUCUGAGAAAAAUGAUAGCACAGAACAAAGAGAUGAUGCAGACAGUGUACACAAGGAUACUCAUAACGUUAGCGAUAACGUGGACAGAGAAGAAAACGUUGAACUGUCGUGGCAUCCUCAUGUGUAUGGGAAACCUCCGAAGAAACCAACGCCUCACACUAUAGAAUAUAUUUUAGGUUUAUCGAAGGAAGGUACGACCAAAGAGGAACCGAAGCGGUCAACGGUCAGCCAGCUAAUGAAUGUCAAACGCAAUUUCGAAAGCAAAAAGAAUUUCUCCUGCCAAGAGAAAAGUUCGCAAGUGCAGAGGGACUUGACGGAUAGGAAGUUUAAUAUAAAUGUACAUAAGAAUAAGCUUCAGGAACAGUUGCUCCAGCGGGGUGUUAGAACUAGUGACAGUGGGUACGAGAGUGUGUUCGCGUUUAAGAGUGAUGACCAGCCACUGAACUUGUCCGUGCCGAAGUCCAAGGACUCGCCGGUGUGGAGCGGCGCUGAUGAAGAUAAGCUAGGGAAAGAUUCAAAAUUGAUGAAACGAAAGAAAUCCACCGAGGACGUUCGUUCCCCCCUAGGAGGGGAGGGGUCCAUGACCAGUGAGGAGGGAGAAGAAGUGGGCAGGCGUAAGAAAGCUCGUACCACUUUCACGGGUCGGCAGAUCUUCGAGCUGGAGAAGCUUUUCGAAGUGAAGAAGUACUUGUCUUCUGGCGAGAGAGCUGAUAUGGCCAAACUGCUGAAUGUUACGGAAACUCAGGUAAAAAUAUGGUUCCAGAAUAGAAGAACGAAGUGGAAGAAGAAGGACAACGUAUCUAACGCAGAAGUGGCAGAGAUAAAGCAGCAGAACAAGCCCGGUGGAGAAGAAAAGCCAGAAGAACCAAAGGACCCCCUAGCUCUUGACAUGUCCAAGAAGACUUGCAACAAAAUACUCAGUGAGAAGUUAAGAAGUACAAAAAUAGUCACUCAGAACCUGCCAAAACCUAGAAGAGUAGAAAAGGGAGUAGUACUUGAAACGAUAUGCGACGCCAAUGACGUAGAAAGUAGAAUAUCGAUCACUAAAAUAACGAAUAAACUUUCAAAUACAGACUUAUCUGAGACUGUAUCAGUAAAAAGUUUUAAUCCUGAAGAAGUUAAGGAUAAAUAUGAUUCGUUGAGCAGAGACGUUGAAAUGUGAACUGCGAAAGUAGUUUGUGGUCUAAGACGAUCUCUUCUAGGUUAUUUUUGUAAAAUAGUUUGUGUGUUUGGACAAAAUCUCUCGGCGAGUGCUACAAUACAUUUUGGUUAAAGGAAAUCAAAUAUUUUAUCAAGUUUCUGAACGUAAAUCAAUUUACAAAUUAUGUAUUAU